CUUCCCCUCCUCGCUGCCCUGGCAGUGUGUUUGAGGGGAGCUCUGGAUUCCUCACAGUCCUCCUGGGAGAUGCAGAAGUGGCCUUUGGCAGCCUGGGGCAUGUUGGAGCUGUCCUGUAAGAGCAUGUGGGAAGUCCAAGAAGGGAGCAUGGACCAGCCCAGUGGAAGGAGUUUCAUGCAAGUUCUCUGUGAGAAAUACAGCCCUGAAAACUUCCCGUAUCGCCGUGGCCCCGGCAUGGGGGUGCACGUCCCAGCAACUCCCCAGGGCUCACCCAUGAAAGACCGCCUGAACCUGCCGAGUGUGCUGGUGCUGAACAGCUGUGGCAUCACCUGUGCCGGGGAUGAGAACGAGAUCGCCGCCUUCUGCGCCCACGUCUUCGAGCUCGACCUCUCUGACAACAAACUGGAAGACUGGCACGAGGUCAGUAAAAUUGUGUCCAACGUUCCCCACUUGGAGUUUCUAAACUUGAGUUCCAACCCUCUCAGUUUGUCCGUUCUAGAGAGAAGUUGCGCUGGGUCCUUCGCUGGCGUUCGCAAACUUGUGCUCAACAACAGCAAAGCUUCCUGGGAAACAGUGCACACCAUCCUGCAGGAAUUACCUGACUUGGAGGAGCUCUUCCUGUGCCUUAAUGACUACGAAACAGUGUCUUGUUCUCCUGUUUGCUGCCAGUCUCUCAAACUGCUCCACAUAACUGACAAUAAUCUUCAAGACUGGACUGAAAUUCGAAAAUUGGGAAUUAUGUUUCCAUCCCUGGACACACUUAUUCUGGCUAACAACAACCUCACCACCAUCGAAGAGUCAGAAGAUUCCCUGGCAAGGCUGUUCCCCAACCUGAGAUCCAUCAACUUGCACAAAUCAGGUCUGCACUGCUGGGAAGACAUUGACAAGUUAAAUUCUUUUCCCAAGCUCGAGGAAGUGAAGCUGCUGGGAAUUCCUUUGCUGCAGUCCUACACCACCGAGGAGCGAAGGAAGCUGCUAAUAGCCAGGCUGCCAUCCAUCAUCAAGCUCAACGGGAGCAUUGUCGCCGAUGGGGAGCGAGAGGACUCGGAGCGAUUCUUCAUCCGAUAUUACAUGGAAUUCCCGGAGGAGGAGGUGCCAUUCAGGUAUCACGAGCUGGUCACCAAGUAUGGGAAGCUGGAACCCUUGGCAGUGGUGGAUCUUCGGCCUCAGAGCAGUGUGAAGGUGGAGGUUCACUUCCAGGACAAGGUGGAGGAGAUGUCCAUCCGCCUCGAUCAGACUGUGGCAGAGCUGAAGAAGCACUUAAAAACUGUGGUGCAGCUGUCCACGAGCAACAUGCUGCUCUUCUACUUGGACCAGGAGGCUCCCUUUGGUCCUGAGGAGAUGAAGUACAGCUCCCGAGCGCUGCACUCCUACGGCAUCCGGGAUGGGGAUAAAAUCUACGUGGAGCCCAGAAUGAAAUAACCUCUCUUGACCACACACAUGCCCCCCCACACCCACACACAUGCAUUAAGGAGUUUUUGCAAGGUUUUUGUUUCGGUUGGUUGGUUGAGGUUUGGUUGUGUUUCUGUAGCAGGUGAUUUCUUAGCCCGGAGGAGGUGCCCUGACGUGAGAACCAACGCCCACCAUCCACUGCAGGUGACCUUGAGGUGACAGUUGACUUCAGGACGUGUGUUUCAGUGUGGGCAAUACCUUGAUGUUUCCUUUGAUGCUCCGGUAUACUCGUGAUUUGGCGUGAAUGGUCAGUUGUUCAAGCUAAGGAAUGCCAGGGUCCAUAAGGGAGACAACAGCUCGGUGCAGAAUUUGACCUGUUGUUUUCUUUUCCUAAGUUUUUGGUGUUUUGCUCCACCAGAGCUCCCUUUGGCCUCGCUACCCGACUGUGGCUCGAGCUUGCUGAAGUGUUUCCUUGCAGCUUGGUGCUGUCCCAACCUUUUGUUGUGCUCGAGUUCACAGACAAGAUCUCCAACAGUAUUUAUUCCGCUUGAUUCAGAGCUCAGGUACUUAGUGCAUCCACUUCACUCCGCUGGUUUGGUUUCUAGGAGUGCAAAAAUGGGGGAAAGAAAGAGAAUUUAGCAGAAAGAAACUUCCUUUUCAGAACACACGCCCUGUAUCCACAUUGAUUUGGGGGGAAAACCAGGAAGUUUUGGUGGCUGUUCCCAUCUCACACUGUGUCUGCAGCCUGUAGCACUGGCAGGCUGGGGGCAACGGGACCCUUGGGUGUGUUGCAAAGUGAAUUUUGGAGUGUGGUGGGAUGGGUGUUGCGUUGGAAGGGCUUUUAGAGUAACAGGUCAGCGAGGGGUUGAAGAGCUUCCCCCACUGGCCAUCAUCCAUCCUGAUGCUGAAGAGAUCCUCCAUGCACUUAACCUUGACCAGCUGGUACUGAACGUGGAAUGGCUAAAACUCCUCUCCAGGGAGGAGAGGAAGAGUGAAGUUUGUGUUUGUUGCUGUUGCACCAGAAUUCAAACCUUAGCACUUUCCCCGGGGCCCCUGGCUGGGGGUCCCUGCUUGGGGUCUGAGCCAGGACAAUGUGUCAGCUCAGACCAGUUCCUACAAGUUGAGUAACAAAGCAACCAGACUCGUGUUUGUUGUUCAGCAGGUUUUCACUCCCUAUUGGCUUCCCUCACCUUUUGCUGCUGCUUGAGUUAGCCCCUGUUUUCUGCUGCAGAGCAGAUUCCCUUUCCUGUUCAGUGAAAUCCUCCUUCCUUCCUAUCUCUUGUUUCCCUUCCCUGUGUCUUCCUUUGUUCCUCUGCUCCCUGACAAGUUGAAGACUUUUCAGAUUUCCUAGUUACAAGCAGCUGCAUAAAAGUUUUUGAAGCUGUGCAGUGAGGGCUCUAGUUACACAUGAACUCCUGACCUUAAUUUUGAAAUGCUCCCUUGUCCCCACGUGCACUUUCUUUCCCAUGAUGCUUCUGUCCACAUCACCAAGCUCCUUUGAUAUUCCUGGAGUUGUGUAUUUCUCUUCAUAUUUCACCUAGAAAGUGGGGUGGGAUAGGAUGGGGAGGGGGUGAAGUGUUAUCUCGUAGUCUUCAGGUUCAGAAUGUGGGGAUAGUUCACAGGGGGGAGUAGUUCCUCAUCCAAAGUAAGCAUUAAAAAUGGGAGGAUUUAAGACAAAUUAAUAAUUUGUGCCUCACCCCCCUGCCAAAAAUACCAAUUUCUUGGCCCCGUUGAGAUGAGCAAUAGGAAAGGGAGCAAGACUUUCCACAGGUAGCAUAGAGACCACAGCAUGUGCCUGCAGAGCUGUGGUACCUGUAAAACUAAACAGCAGGGAGGUAGUGGCAGUGUAACAUAAAAUGAUGCUUUUAUAAGCUAGAGCUUUACUGAAGAUGUAUUUUCCGUUUUGGGCAGUGAAAGUAAUUUGCUGCCUUAUAGCAGAACUCUUAAGCCAACACUUUCUGUAUGAUAUAUAUAUAUAUAUAUACAUACGUGCGAAUAGGAGAAGUUGUGGUUAAUAAGAUAUUUUGUUAUAAAGCAAAGUUUUAUGAAGAUAUGGUUGUUUAAUAUUAGAAGCCUAUUUCAGCCCUUGACCUCCAGUGUAAGUAGGUUGUCCCUGAGUCGCUGCAGUGUCCGAGGUAAGCGACCAAGAGGGAUGCAAAAGUGUCUCUGACCUAAUUCUGUAGAGCAGUAAUUGCCUCUGUGGGUGUAUUUAUGGCAUUGUACCUGCUAUUAAUGAGAUGCUGUAAGUCUUGACCAACUUCCUGAGCACAAUUAAGUGUCUGGGUUUCAGAGAAGGGAAUAAACAAAGACCAUUAAAGAGCUGAAUGGGAUGAUAAAGAAGACCCAAGGAUGUGCUUUUAAGUUUGUUUGCCCACUAAAAGUUGGCCUGUCCCUGGAGGGGUUGGUGCUGUCACUGCACCAGCUCAGAACUGUCAGUAAAUCCUGGUUUUAUUUGUGGCAGAUCUGAUGGGAACUGGGAGAUGGGAAAGAACAGCUACUGACAUACAAGGUCAGCAAGUGCUGGGGAUUUGGUGCUGACACCCAACCCAGCUGCCCUGGUCAGGCAGGUCAGAAGUCACAAUAUCAACAUCACCACUUUGCCACUUCUCCAGGGAAGGGUUUUUAAUGGAUGAUGUUCUCAAGGCAUUCACCUUGUGUGCAGCUUGUGGGACAC